AUGACAGCAACAGCCAAUUGUUUAACUCAAAUCACUUCCUCAUCCAAUCUUUCAACCAAAAAAUCAAUCUCAUUAACGCCCAACAAGUUUUUCCCUAUCAAUCUUUUAACCACUGAUAAACUUACCCAACAAACCGAUGAAGAAAUCACUCCGAUCUGUGAAGCCUUAUUGAUCGAACCUUUACCUGAAGUUUCAUUAAGUUCAGAAGAAUUUGAUUCCACAAGUUGGGUGGAAAGUAUUAGUCAAUCAGCAGCAGGAGCAAGUAUUAUGUAUGAUAAAUUAAAAGCUAAAGGUCAAACUAUUCCAAAGAGUACAACACCUAGAAUGAUGACAGGUCAAGAAUGGAUCAAUCUAAGUAAAUGUUUUAAUGAAUGGCCAUUUAAACCUAGAACUUUCGAGAAUGAAUUAGAGCUUGCACUUGAUGAUUCUUAUAAUGUUUAAUGAGGUUUGGUGAAUUGAUGAUUUCGAAGGAAUACGAUGGAAUCCAAUUCAAUUUGUUAGCCAAUUGUAAACUUCUUCCUCGCUAAGAAUGCAACAUAACUUUUUCUUGUAAAGAACAGAUUGAUUUACGAGGAAAGUUUUGAAUUUUGUUCACCUCUC